AUGAGCAUGAACCCCACGAUUGGUGACAAGGACAUCCUUCAGCGGCGCAUGUCCGCGAAUCCAAGGUACGAUGGUGUGCAGGCGGUGGUGGAGUCCGGCAUGACCGCUCAACUCGCGCAGUACAUGCGCAACAUCAAGAUUAAGACAAAGAGGCAGCCUGGCGAGCUGUUUCAACGGCUGCGCAUCGAUGUCAUUGCCGCCUUCCUCAGCCGUCAGGAACCCAAGUCGGUUCUAGAAGAUGGUGGUUUUGCACGACCGAUGGACGAGUACGGCGGCCCCGAGAACGCGGUUGACAAGGUCGCCACUAGCUACCUGCUGGUCGACUGCCGAGAAGUGGAGCACUACGAGGCCUGCCACAUCAAGACAGCGUUGCACUACCCAAAGAUCAAGCUGCAUCACUCGACCAAUCCGUUUUUGCCAGAGAUGUACGCCUACAAGAACAAGGAGAACAAGUGUAUCGUCCUUUACGACUUGGAGGAGGAGGCCGUGGUGAACCUGGCCAACACGAUGUUUCAGAAGGGUAUCGACAAUGUUGCCAUCAUCGCCGGUGGUCUGCGCGAGUUCGCACAGGAUUAUGCCAAUUUUCUGACGGCGCACCCCCCGGUGCCCAUCGUCCCCAGAGACUGGCGCAUGAAGCGUCGGGCUGACGAAGCCACGCAGGCGCGCAGCGAGGCUCGCACCUCCAUGUCGCACAAGCCUAAAGGCUUGUCUAGUAGCCUUGCCCGCAGUAGUCGAAAAGGAACCUUCUGA